AUGUCUGACCAAGGGUACCCUGACAUCCAUGUCGAUCUGGAUGCCGGCGAAAAGAACGUUGAACUCGGCGGCAUAUCUAAGGAAGUUUGGAAAACACUCGAGGAAAAAUGGGGAAAUUUAGCAAAAGCCUUACACAGGCUCAACAUAUUUCUAAACUUCCAUGACCACUAUAAGCAUGAUGACGAUGCCCCAGAUAGUGUCGAUUGGGCAAUGACUAAGGGAGCUCCCUCAGUUAACAACACAAAGAUUGAACUUGCUGAAAUUCGUUACGGUCGAAUUGAAAGCAUUGCUCCGAAGGAUUCCCUUUGGUUUAUAAUAAAACACCACCAAGACCCGCAGGGCCCAAUACACAAAAUGUCCACAUUCUACUCCUCGGUUCAAAUAUAUAACGGCGACAAGACUGUUAAGCACAAAAUACUACCUGAUGUUCCUGUUCGCGUUAUCGAGGCCACUCAACACGGGUUAGAUACUUACGUGCUACUUGCGAUGCAUGCUGAGCCAAAUGAGUGGGGCCCAGUCCUCAAUAUAUGUAAGGGGAGGCUUGAAGUGAAAGAAUCAGUAACUGUUCGUGUCAUGGACAGCAAGCCCCAGGGAAAGCAUCGAUCUGCCACUUGGAAAGGCGAAGAAAAGAACUAA